UUUAGUUCACUACACAGAGACAGAUAAUGCCUUUUUGUUACACGCCUAAUAGAAAUGGUGGCGCAUUAGAAGUGCGUUAAUGUCUUAUAUCAAAUUAGUUACCUCAGUAUCAGUCAGAACCGAGAAUACAACAGCUGUGUUGUAUAAAAAGUGGUACAUUUUACAUGACAAUGUUUUAUAAAAUGGACUGAGGACAUCCCAGACCCCACUUGUGCCAACAACGGAGUGCUUUAUGUUUGUAAAAACUAAAACGGUUUGUUCUUUCUGGAGUAUUUACAGUACAUAUUGAAUGCUUUACCAGACCAUAAGUAAUGGGACUUGUGAGUCACAUCAUUUGACUCAACUCACCCGUACGAGCCGACUCUCCUAAACGACACUGUUUAAUGAAAUCAUAUUCGACUUUUUUAAUCAAACAAAAUAAUACCUUGCUUUACAUUGUCAAAUACAGAAAGCAUCCAACUGGAGUAUACAUUACAGCGCAAAUAGAAAUAAAAUAGCCUUUACUGGGGGAAAAAAUGACUCGCAUAUACGAAUCGGCACACCACUCUUAUGGGAACAGAGAGUCUUCUUGCAGCUGAAUCAGGCGUAUUAGUUGUAAGAUAAACAGAGGUGCUCAGUGAGAGGAACUGGAGAAAAAAACCCCACAGAAGUUCAUUUAAUUGAUGGAACGUUCUGUAGGGUCUCGGAAACGGCAAACUAACUGAACUACCAGGGAACCAAACAAGCACAAGACUCCAAAUCACGUAAAGCGCGAACAGGCACAGCGCUCUGACAUUUCUUCUGAAGAGGACUCUACAUUCUCAGAUCAUCCUCCAAUCCUCCAUGAUGAGAUUGUGGAUCAGCAUCAUAGACAGAUGGUACUGCAUUGUUAUUAUGAAGCAAGCUGUGUUUUAUGAUGUCACAGAAUGGAAAUCAUAGACAAGGAGAAGGAAGCUGACUGGAUUAAAGUUGCUUCUGUUUUGCCAUCUUCAGCAUCACAAUGGUCUGCAACGUCAGUUCAGGAUGUGGUCUACCAGAACAUCACACACUCAGAUAUGUGACGAAUGUCACUGGGCUUCAGGAAACUGUAAACUCCACUUUACCUAUCAGCCUGAAGGUUGUGCUGUCUGUUAUAAUGGUGGUCAUCAUCGCCAUCGGUUUCCUCGGAAAUGCCAUCGUCUGCCUCAUAGUUUAUCAAAAGCCAGCGAUGCGUUCUGCCAUCAAUCUGCUACUAGCCACGCUAGCUUUCAGCGACAUCAUGCUGUCACUCUUCUGCAUGCCCGUGACUGCUGUUACCGUAGUGUCUGAUGAUUGGUGUUUCGGACUGGACUUUUGCCGCAUCACGCUUGUGCUCUAUUGGCUCUUUGUUCUGGAAGGCGUUUCCAUCCUUCUGAUCAUCAGCGUGGACCGAUUUCUCAUCAUCGUGCAGCGGCAAGACAAGCUGACCCCGAGUCGCGCUCGUCUGCUCAUCUCUGCUUCCUGGUUGCUCUCCUUCUGCUUGGCGUUGCCUGCUGCUGGCAGCGUGCCAACUCUUCAAGCUUCACGCUGCAUCUUGGGCUACAUGGAGUCCCCUAACCGUGGCUACACACUGCUGCUGGUCAACGCUGUCUUUUUCGUGCCUGUGAGCGUCAUGCUGGUCUCCUAUUUGCGAAUCCUAAACACGGUGCGCCGCAACGCCCUGCGUGUCCACAACCACACCUUUCCCAGUCCUGAACACGGGGGAAAAGUGAGUUUACCAGUCCUGCGGCGUCCCCCACCGCUCAACGUGGACGUCAGCUUCAAGACACGAGCUUUCACCACGAUCCUUAUACUUUUUGUUGGCUUUACCGUGUGCUGGCUUCCCCACACAGCACUCGGCCUCCUGGCUGCUUUCAAUCAGAAAUUCUACACAAGUAGGGAGUUUUACGCAGCAAGUGUUGGGGCAUUGUGGCUCAGUUACAUGAAGGCUGUGUUUAACCCUGUGGUGUAUUGCUGGAGGAUCCGCAAGUUCCGUGAGGCCUGUGACGAAUUUGUGCCCAGGAGCUUUAGGAUGCCCAGGCUGAGGGCACGUGGUGGGCCCAGGGUUCGUCCCUGCAGCAUCUAUGUCUGCGCUGAGAGCCAGUCGGCCAUGUGACACUCUUUCUGUGAUGAUACAAUCAUACAUUCAUCUUCAGUAACCUCUUGAUCCUUGACAGAGUAACAUUACAUCUGGAGCCUGUCUUAGGGACACUGGACGAAUAAGGUGGGAAUACAGUCUGGAUAGUACAUUGGAGUGCACCUUAAGCACACACAUUUACACUCCUCCACACCUAGGAGCAAUUUCCCAGAGCCAGGACACAGGAAGAAUAGUGCGCAGACAUGUGACUCCAACUCAGGAUUGAACCAGGGACCCUGGAGCAGUGACACACUACAUGAAACAAGAUGCUUCUAAUAUGAGCUUUUUAACUGUUUCUAAAAAAGAAGCUGCUGCUGCUAGAGAUUCACCAUAGACGGUGUCCGUGCUAUCCAAAGUAUCACAGUGCAAAGGUCAAGCUUUUCAUCAUGGACCUUUUUGAAUAUUUAAUAUUUGACAUGCUUUGGAAAAUCUGGACUUCUCUUUAUUUUCAGUUUGGAAUUAUAUUUGUACCAGACUUACAGAUGGGUAACUUGAUUUAACAAAAAUAUAUAUCAUACCGCUAUACUUGAAGCUGUAACUCCAACAUUUUGAUUUAGUAGUUUGAGAAAUCGUUCAGUUUGCACCGAGCACCAACAAAACGACGGAGGCGCUGACGGAAAACCAUACAGCGAGAUGUAAAAUACUAUUUUAUGCAUAGUAUCGAUAUUUUCAGUUCAUGUUACCAGUUCAGAGGUUUACAUAUGUCCCUUUUAAUAAGGGUGAGCUGUGUUCUCUAUUAUACAAGUAAACACAUUGGGUAUUACUUGUAGACCCUUUGCCUUUAACAAACACCAUUAAUACUAAACCUCAGUGUAAUAAGUGGCUCUGCAGAGCCCAGAUUCUUGCACAUUCUUCUCGACCUUGAUGUUUUAUAUCUCAGCCUCGGUACACACUGCCUACAUCAGGCCCGAUGAUCGGGAGACUGAGGCACGGCACAACUUUGGGAUUAUUAAUGCCUUGUGUUUUGGAUUGCUGUUUUCUUUAACACCACCUCCAAUGAGGAGGUGUCUUUUCUUUCUUUUAUUCUCCUUCGAAGUAUUGGAUACGAACUUUACCUUCAGCUGUAAGUAGAGAGAUUUAGAUUAGAGUUUGGAGAGUUCUUACAGAACACCUGACGAUACCGAUGAUGCUCAGAACGUUAUAGAUAGCGAUAUGGAUCCGUUGAUCUCGUUCCCUUUUAUCCUCCAGCCGUAAACACACAUACAAGUGGCUACAGAUGUAAUGCGAGGUAUUUUUGGCCUGCUGAUAAAACUGAGCCUUUAAAUGAUUCUCUCUCUCCACUGAAAAAUCCACUCGGAAUCACUUUCAUAUUAAUCUUUCUAAUUAACCCGCGAUCUUCAGUCGUGUGCGAGAUUUCAUUUGUAAUGGAAUUCCGAGUUGACCUUUUAUUAGUUGAAACAUCUUUCGUUGCUUUUGCAACCUUCCGAUGGAGAGUCCAACACCUCGUGCUAAUUUUUCACGGAAAUAAAGAAAAAACAUAACUGACAAAUUAGUGCCAUAAUUGUUCACAGCAAUGUUUUUUUUUUAUUCUUUAAAGCUGCACAAAUGUAAAUACUAGUUCCAAGUUUUGUACCCAAAGAUACACAAGAUCUCACCAUUAACAUUUUUAGCAGUCAUGUUUAUUAAAAUGGACAUCUUUACAUUUGUACAUUCCAACUACACGGCCAUCGAUUUACAAAGCGACAGACAAUUAUAAAUACAGUAUUUACACGAGUAGAUAUGCAUUUAGAAAAUAGUCGAGUGGAUAGAAAGAUGCAGACUGAUCCCGUCUGCAGGAGUGAGAGAGAUUUCGAGAGUUACAUGUACAUGUUAGACCAGGUUACGUGUUGCAUGACGACGUUCGGGGUCGGGUUUCCCAAAAACAAGCUGUCUUCGU